AUGAAGACGCUGCGCGAAAGCGACCUACACGACCGGUGGUUCGCAAUCCACGGCUACUAUCGAUUCACGGCUGCCGAAGCAGCAGAAGCUUGCGCUGCGCUGAAAAACAAACUGGAGCGCGAAAAGAAGGGAAGUCGCUCUGAUACUAUCAAGAACUACGCACGUUCGAAGCAAAGCGGUUUAGAGCUACAUCUGGUUUUGAGCGGAGAGUGA